AUGGUGUCACAAAAUAACCCCUGCAGGCACAAAGUAACCCCAGUCUACGCGUUCACCUACAGCUGUGAUCAGUGUGGUCGCUUCUACAGCUGGAAAGGCAGCCUCCGCCAACACCAGAAGUACGAGUGUAACCAGGAGCCGAAGCAGUGUUGCCACUUUUGCCAAUACAAAUCUCACACUCCGAGUCAUCUAAGACGGCAUCUCCGCAACGUCCACCAAAUACCGAUCUUCAACAAGCGAAGUUGCCCAGAGAAACAUUUGCUACAAGUAAUCAACGAAAAUUCAUGGACUGAAGAGAAUGAUGUUCAAAAUAUUUGGUUCACCUGCUGUUGCGGUCGGUCGUACAAGCAGAAGGGCAACUUAUUGUGGCAUCAGCGACACGAAUGCGGCCGUCAACCCCAUCAGCUCUGUCAGUUCUGCGACUACAAGACACACAAGAGAUAUUUCAGGGUGGCCAUUUAUUGCAGAGUGUGUGGUGACAGAAGCACAGGAAUGCACUACGGAGCUUUGACGUGUGAAGGAUGUAAAGGAUUCUUCCGACGCAGCCAGUCCUCGACUGUCUACUACGCGUGUGUUGGUGAUGGGAAAUGUGUUAUCGAUAGAGUCACUCGGAGACACAUCUGUGCGUGCGGAAAGCAUUACAAGUUUAAGGGAACGCUAGCCUGGCACAUACGCCAUGAGUGUGGCCGAGACGCCAACCACGCUUGCCAACUGUGCAACUACCGAACCAAGGUGCGCAGCAGUCUUCUGCGUCAUCUGCGCAACGUGCACAAGCUGGACGUUCCCGCAGAGAGAACCGUCACGAAACACCAGAAUGGCACUUCGCUCUCCUCAGCGAGGAACUCUCGGUAUGUGUGUGAAUGUGGUAAAAGCUACAAGUGGAAGAACACACUCCAGUGGCAUCAGAAAAAUGAAUGUAACCAAGAACCUAGUCACUUCUGCGAAAUAUGCAGUUUUAAGUCUUGUCGACGCAGUCAUCUACUGCGGCAUCUGCGUACUGUACACAAACUAGACCUGCCUCCUGAACGAGAUCGUUAUAAUCGUCCGAGUCGGCCAGGAUAUUCAAGUGUGAAAAUUGCUCCCGAAGCUAUUCCUGGGCUGCGAGUCUUCGGCACCAUCUGCAGAAAGAGUGUGGCAAACCCAAACCCUACAAGAUCAGCUGGUAUGAAGCACACCUGUAUGCAAUGUGGCCGCAGCUACUCCUGGUUGUCUAGUCUGAAGCAACACCAAAUGAAGGAGUGCGGUAAAGAACCAACCUUCAGCUGCAGUCACUGCGGUUAUCGAACAUUCCGCAGCAACAACCUGAAGCGACAUUACGCAGCCAGGCACAACUUUAUACCACAGGAAGUGAUGAGCGGGGCUACGCAAUUGUCAGUAGAAGAUUUGUCAGAGCUGCCUAUUUUUGUGUGCCCGUUUUGUCGGAAGGGGUAUAAGCACAAAUACAGUCUGAAGCAGCACAUGUUGCUGCAGUGCGGGGGCAAACCUCCGCAGCAAGUGUGUCACAUCUGCAACUUCAGAACGUUCCAACGCAGCACGCUGUAUAGACACCUGCGCUGCAUCCACCACAUAGACCUCGUCUUCAAGUAA